ACCCCAGGCAUGAAAAUUCCACAUCUUUGACCAAACACAGACAACACACAAAAACCACAAAAACUUUUUGCCAUCCAAAGUAAAUUGCAAAAUUGCACAAAUCUCGCUGUGCAGUUCACACACAGACGAAAUGGGUGCCGUGUUGGGCAGCGCCCAGCAGGCGGCAAAUCUGCCCACCGUGCGGCCAGGAAGUGCGACAGAGACGGCGCCACGGGAGCUUUCGGAGGCCAAGCCAAGGCGAAACAAAUCCAAGUCGGGCAAUGUGCAGAGACUAACCGCGGAGGCCAUUCAUGAGGAGUUCGAUCGACUGCUCGUCGGCCAGCAGGAGCAUCUGACGGAGGUGGGGGAGCGUCCCUGCCUGGAGGCUGCCGGCAAGAUGACCCGCUGCCUGCGCGACAACAGCCAGCAGGCAUGCAAGUGCUUCAGCGUCAUGGAGGUGUACCGCAACUGCGUCACGCGCGCCACACAGGAGCGCGUCGACGAACUGGCCGACGAGGGGCCGCCCAUGAUGCCCAUGACCCCGCCGCAGGCCAUGCCAGUGCCCAGUCGGCAGGCCGCAGCCCGCUCCCAUAGCUGGUGGCAGUUUUGGCAUUGGUUUCGCUGAUCCAAAUUUGCAGCUUGAAUAAAGUAAAUUUUCGUUAAU